AUGGUCCAGAAACCUGCUCGUCGUUCGCAACCAAAAAUCCAAGAUGCAGGAGCCAAUGGCGAUGUUUCAGGGGAGACAGAGGAAAAUUCCAAGCUUCAGCUCUUCACACCUAGAUCCAACUUUUACUCUCGAACUUUACCUCCGCUCGGUGUUCGAGCUUGCAAUUUGAAUGGAGCAAACGAGAUUAAUUUUGAGAUAGAUGAGCAUGUUUUAGUUCGGAAUUUUCAAGAGCACGCCCUGCGUUGGACGGAGUGGAUACAUGGCACAGUGGUUGCAAUUGACGUAGUACGAGGAUAUAUUGGGAGUUUUGCAAAAAGAUACAUAGUACAAUCGAUGUGCACCAAUGGACUCGCCAUUUCUGCACACCUGCCCUUUCUCUACGAAAUAUGGCCCGCCUGCUGCUCUGCUCCUUCUCCUUUAUUAGCAUCUCCUGAAGUAUACUUCAAACAACGAGAACGUUUGAACUACGUAUUCGCCUUAUUAGAACGAACAGUACAUGAGGAAUCCUUGAUGCGGGUAUGGAUUCCUGCGAGAAUUCUGAAAUGGGAACGCGAUGAAGUCUCAAACAAGAUUGAAGUGCAAUGUUUAGCUGGUUCGGACUUGGAGCGCGAAUUCUUCGUAGAUCAGAUACUUCCUUACACACACGAGACCUUGUCUGCUUGUCGAAGUCAAGGUGAUCUCGUGAUAGAACCAGAAGAAUUUCAAUCGCAUAUUCUAAACCAUGCAGCUUGA